AAGCGAUGCUGAAUGAAGCUGCACAACAGAGAACUUCUCUGUGCACUCAACGCAUUCAGGAAGUGUAGCAGAUAGAGCAACAAACUUGUGAGCUAACAGAUUCAGAGCGAGACGUCUGCUCAACUCGGGCCACCUUCUCGCCGGCACAUUGUGCGUUGCAUAUAAGCCCCCUGAUUUUGGCAGGUUAAGAGAUCCUAGGCAGUGGCUGCAGGGCCAGUUCACCGGAACAAAUUGAACGCUCAUUGUCCGGCCGCUUCGAGACAACCCCGAGUGAGCAGCUCGGACUCAACAUCCAUUCCGAACCCAAACGUGCCCAUGGCACCAAGCGGAGAAGUCGACGUUCAGGGUGCUGCCACAAGGAGCGCGCUUCCCAGAGGCCAGCCUCGCGCUGAGGGACCAGCAUGUGUGUUGGGCGUCGGCACUGCGGUGCCUCCCGCGGAGUUCCUGCAGAGCGAGUACCCCGACUUCUUCUUCAACAUCACCAACUGCGGCGAGAAGGACGCCCUGAAGGCCAAAUUCAAGCGCAUCUGUGACAAGUCGGGGAUCCGCAAGCGCCACAUGUUCCUCACGGAGGAGGUGCUCAAGGCCAACCCCGGCAUCUGCACGUACAUGGAGCCCUCCCUGAACGUCCGCCACGACAUCGUCGUCGUCCAGGUCCCCAAGCUCGCCGCGGAGGCAGCCCAGAGGGCCAUCAAGGAGUGGGGCGCCCGCAAGUCUGACAUCACCCACAUCAGUUUCAAGUCAGGAGCUAUGAAGGGCUUGCCUUCUACAGUUUGCAUUAGGGUGAUGCUUCCUAUGAUAGCCAGAAAUGUUAGUGUCUGUCAGGGUUCAGUCUGUGGGCUACUUUGCGUAGUGAGCUAUCAUGAAAUCAGGUUCACGACAGGCAUUCAGGGCUGCUAUUAG